AUGCGUCCAUCACUGUCCGCUGUCCUGGGGUCCCUCACCCUGGUAGCCAGCGUCCCAGUCUCUCUCCCGAUCUCCAACCAACUCCAGAACAUCCUCGACAACACCGACAACGUCGGCGCCAUCUCCAUCGAAGCCGACGUCUGGCUCUACAACGACACCCUCUACGUCGGCCACGAAUCCGCCGCCCUCACACCCCAACGCACCCUUCAGUUCUUGUACAUCGACCCCAUCAUGAGCGUCCUGAACUCGACCAACCCAGUCAACGCCUUCACCACGACCCAAGCCCACCCCAACGGCGUCUUCGAUACCAGCUCCGGCCAAACACUCUACCUCUUCAUCGACCUCAAGACUUCCGGCCCAGAAACCUGGCCUGUUGUCGUCGACGCUCUCGAGCCCCUCCGCUCGGCGGGCUACCUCACCACCUACAACGGCACCUCGAAUGGCAUCACCGCAGGCCCGGUGACCGUGAUCGGGACAGGCAACACUCCGCAAUCCAACUUCACCGACCCCUCUGAACCGCGAGACUAUUUCUUCGACGCGAACCUCGCCAUGCUCUCCACCACUCAGUCCAACAUCACCUCCGACAUCUCCCCCAUUGCCUCCUGCCAGUUCUCGAGAUUCAUCGGCGAGAUCACCACGGAGGCAAAUAGCUCGCUCAGCGGGUUCAACGAGACGCAAUUAGAGACGCUGCGCGGACAUCUGAGCACAGCGGCAGAGAAGGGUAUCAAAGGACGGUAUUGGGACACGCCGGGCUGGCCGACGAGUGUGCGGAACGGGGUUUGGGAGGUGUUAGAGAGGGAAGGGGUGGGGUUGUUGAAUGCGGAUGAUUUGGUUGCUGCGGCGGGGUUUAAUGGGUGGACUAGUGGAAAUUGGUAA